CACAAUCGGGAAAGGUGUUCCAGGAGGAGGAGGAGGAGCCGCGCGAGCACGCACACGGUGCACGACUCGUCGUCUGCACAGUGUUGACACCGAAGGCAGAGUCAAAACGCUUGGAGAGGUGACAGCCUACAGACGUAAACCGCGGAGACAACACGGUUUAGGAAUACAUGGGUUGGAUACACAUCAUCUUUUCAAGCUUUUUUGGACUGGGUCAUAUUUGCGGAUUUUUACAAGUACUUUUUGUUUCAUUUUAAAUGUACUGUGCGACUUUCAAACAUUCGUUCCGUGAGCGUGCAGAUCUGAAAUGUGUUUAUUAUUUAUCUAAAUCUAUUUUGAAACUUCGUUUCGUUAAAUCAGCGUGAUAGUGCCUUUAAAAAUAAUACAGUUUCACUUAAAAUUAAUAGCCUGCCGGCUGCGUUAUUCGUGUAUUUUCGUAGAUGUAAAAUAGAAAUAUAGUUACUUGAUUGAGAAUCAGAAUACUUAUUAGAACAAAAUAUUUGUAUAAUUUUGUAAAACAAUCUAUUUUUUCUUUGUUUUAUAUUGCUAUCAUGCGCAUUUUGUAUUAGCUAGGUUACUUGUAGCCUAAUUUUCAGCAACAACACGCGCAAUGUUUGUGUGCGGGACCAAUAUUAUAAUAUUAUAAUAUUAUUAUAGACAUUUAAAUCAACGCAGAAUUUAUAAAAAACCUAACAAGCAGUUUCUGAAAUAAGGUUCGGGAAUAACGUCUUUACAAUGUCUCAAGCUGAAGUAGAUCUUGCUGGACAUAGCUUCCCCAAACUACCUGUAGGUUUGGACGAGGAUUCUUGCCUGGCUGCAAGACUGCCACCACGUCGACGGAGGCACUCGGCAAACUCGAGAAGAAACGCUUUCAGAUUAAACAAAUUAAAUAGCAUGGAUCUGGACUCGCAAGUUUACGACGGGCCUCUUUCAAAGACACUUUCUUGGUCCGCGGAUAACAUUUCAUCCGAGUCCAGCGCGGACGAGAAAAAGAUUGACACGACACCGCCUGCAUCUAUUGCCUCUAGUCCCGAUCUCAAAAGCAAUACCUCUCUCGAUCCCCAAAAUUCAGACACUAUUCCAUCAAUUAAUAACUGGGAAACGAGAGAGCAAUGCGAAAGCACAUCCGACGGGAGCUCUGACAGUUCUGACGAAAUCACUCAGAAAAAGGUUACCUUAUCGCGCACCCCGUUAGAAAGCAAAUGGGAUCAAGAAGAGAAGGAUGAAAUCGAGACCAAAGCCGUGGCAACGUCACAUGACGGCAGGUUCCUUAAAUUCAACAUUGAAAUCGGGAGGGGGUCGUUCAAGACAGUAUAUAAAGGCCUGGACACGGAGACUACAGUGGAAGUGGCAUGGUGCGAACUACAGACGCGGAGGCUCACCAAGGCCGAGCGCCAGCGCUUCCGCGAGGAGGUGGAGAUGCUGAAGGGCCUGCAGCACCCCAACAUCGUGCGCUUCUACGACUCCUGGAAGUCCACCGUCAAGGGCCACAAGUGCAUCGUCCUGGUCACCGAGCUCAUGACCUCGGGCACCCUCAAGACGUACCUGAAGAGGUUCAAGGAGAUGAAGCUGAAACUCCUGCAGCGCUGGAGCCACCAGAUCCUGAAGGGCCUGCACUUCCUGCACACGCGCACCCCGCCCAUCAUCCACCGCGACCUCAAGUGCGACAACAUCUUCAUCACCGGCCCCACCGGCUCCGUCAAGAUCGGCGACCUGGGGCUCGCCACCCUCAAGAGCGCCUCCUUCGCCAAGAGCGUGAUCGGGACGCCGGAGUUCAUGGCCCCGGAGAUGUAUGAGGAGAAGUACGACGAGGCCGUGGACGUCUACGCCUUCGGCAUGUGCAUCCUGGAGAUGACUACGUCUGAGUACCCCUAUUCAGAGUGCCAAAACGCCGCUCAGAUCUACCGCAAAGUCACCAGCGGAAUGAAGCCGGACAGCUUUUUCAAAGUAAAAGUCCCUGAGCUGAAGGAGAUCAUCGAGGGGUGCAUCCGCAUGAAUAAGCAUGAAAGGUACACAAUCCAGGACCUUCUGGAGCACGCCUUCUUCCAGGAGGACAACGGCGUGCACGUGGAGCUGGCUGAGGAGGACGACAUGCUCAAGUCGGGCCUCAAGCUCUGGCUGCGCAUGGAUGACACCAAGAAGCUGCACGGGAAGUACAAGGACAACAACGCCAUCGAGUUCCUGUUUGAGCUCUACAAGGACGUCCCCGAAGAGGUGGCACAGGAGAUGGUGGUGUUGGGCUUCGUGUGUGAGGCGGACUACAAGCUGGUGGCCAAGGCCAUCCGCGACCGGGUGACCACCAUCAAAAGGCACCGGGAGAAGCACCGCCGGCAGGCGGAGGAGCUGAACAAGAGGAAGGAGAAGGAAGUCAUCGAAGAGGAGCCGGAGCUGGCGGCCGAACUGGACCCCUCCACACGCCCCAGGCUCAACAGCCAGGCCUCCGAGGGGCCCUCCCCUGCCCCGGUCCCUGCAACUGCCCCGACCCCUGCCCCAGCCCUGGCCCCGGCCCCACCCCUGGCGGCUGUAUCAUCCCCGCCAUCGGCCUCGAUCCUCAACCCGCCCGUCCUCACCAUCUCCGCCCCCACCCCGUCGCCGGUCAACGAGUCGCUGGACUCCGGCAUCAACUCCAGCUUCGUGGCCGAGCCUGAGGAACCUGAGGUGGACCAGCACCAGCACUUCCACAUCCGCCACACCAGCUUCUCGUCCGCCACCUCUGACUGCGAGACAGACGGCUAUUUGAGCUCCUCUGGGGUGCAGGACCCCCCGGAGGGACCGCCUCCCGCCCCGGCCAACCCCGCCAAUGCCAGCUCUGCUCCACCUACUGAAGCUCCGCCCUCUGAGGCGUCGCUGAGCGAGGCUCCGCCCACCCUGGCCCCUCCGAUCCCGGCUCUCCGAUUUCCCUCUAGCAUCGCUGUGUCCAACAAUACUGAUCGCGCCCAAUCUGGCUCAGCCAGCGGCUUCUCCUCUCCUGUGGACAGCUACGCCUCGGACGUGACGUCAGGACUGAGUGAUGGGAACGAGGGCCUAUCAGAGAAGAGCUCUGUGAGUUCUGCCAAGCGUGCCCCUGGAAAGCUGUUCAGGAGGAGGGCCCGAUCGCGGCUGCGCAUCACCGGGCUCUCUGAUAAAGUGGACCGCGUGGUGGAGUGCAAGCUGCAGACGCACAACAACAAGAUGGUGACGUUCAAGUUUGACCUGGACGGAGACAACCCGGAGGACAUCGCUGCGGUCAUGGUGCACAAGGAGUUCAUCCUGCCGUCGGAGCAGGAGGGCUUCCUCCACCGCAUGUGUGACAUCAUCCAGCGGGCGGAGGCCCUGAUGAAGGAGCCGCAGGAGCAGACGCGCCCCGCGGGGGCCCUCCGCCUGCCCUACCUCGGCGGGGCGGGGUCUCUGUCCGCCUCACAGCCCAACCUGUACACGCAGUCCCUGCCCCGGAGUCAUUCUUCCUCAUCGCUGCCCGAUUUCAGCCACUCCAGCACCGUCCCCGCCGCAUGUGGCUCCUCCCCUGGGCUGGGCGGGGCCUUCUACAUCGACCAGGAUGGGGACCCGCUCACACGGCCCCUCCGCUCCCAGUCCUUCCACACCACCUCAGGCUCUUCCCAAUCCUACCAGCCCCCCUCCGCCCAGUACCCGCAGGUGUCAGCCUCUGAGCCCGCCUCCUUGCUCCCUCUCGGCCAGAUGCCCCACCCCUCGCAGUACGCCACGCCCCCCUACCUGCAGAGCGGGCAGUUCCCCUUCCCUUACGGCCUGAAGCAGCCGCUCACCCACGUAUCGAGCAACCCCAACUUCACCCCCCCCUCCUCCUCGCCUUCCUCCUCAUCCGGCUCCCUCCACCAGGGGGAGGUGUCGAGCCCGGGCGGGGAGGGGUCGCCCGCGUCGCCCCCCAGCCUGCAGCAGCAGCAGCAGCAGCACCCUGGGAUGUGGCCGGCCCACACCCAGCCCAUGUUCUCCCUCGCCAACGUGCUCACGCUGGCCAUGAGCGUGGCGCAGUCCUUCAUGCCGCCGACCUCCAUGCCCGGCCCGCUGGCGCAGGGCAUGCCCUCCCUCGCGGGCUAUGCCCCCCUGUUCGGCCAGCAGACCCAGCCUAUGGGCGGGGCCGUCCCGGGCCCGUACCGCGACCUCUACCCGUAUCCCGCCCCCUCCGGGGUGCCCGCGGCGCAGGCUCAGGCAACCCCCAUGCCUCCGCAGGAUGGCGCCGCAGACGCUGGCCCCCCUCCCCUGGCUCAGCCCGGCUCCCAGCAGGACCCGCCUGCCUCCUUCUCCAUCCUCGACCAGGCCGAGAGCUCCAGCACCUCGUCUUCCUCAGCGCCAGUCAGCCCAUACAGCACGGUGUCCUCCCCGAGAAUGCUGUUCCCGCCCGCGGUGUCCGAACCCCCUGCCACCACCUGCAAGGACAGACUGUCUCCUAUCAGUGAGGGUAAAAUCUCAGGAGAGAAAAAGCCCACUGUCACAGUUGGGCGUUUCCAGGUCACCCCCUCCAGGGACAUCCCAGCGGGCCCGCCCAGUUCAGACUCAGCCCCGCCCAUAGCCAACGGCUCCCCUCCCCGGGACAGCGACGGAGAGAGCAGCACCGAGGAGCAGGGCGAAUCGGAGGCCAGCUUCAGCACGGUCACCCCGCCCACACAGCCCCCCGCCGGCCUGCUGCAGGACCUGGGGGACACGCCCCCUCGGGGAGGGGCCAGGGGGGCGGAGCCUGGGGAGGAGGCGGAGGGGCGGAGCGACUGCAGCGGCCAGUCGGGGCCCUCGGAGUCGCGGCUUUGGGACGGCAGCACGGGGAGUCCGCAGGUCAAUGCCCCACUGUGGGUGACCUACGCCAGAAGCACCUCCUACAUGAGCAGCGAUGAGGAGAGCGAGAAUGAGGAGAUGUGGGAGGAGCUUCAGGAGCUCAGGGAGAGGCACCUGUCGGAGGUGCAGGCCCUCCAGGCCACGCAGAAGCGGGAGAUCGAGGAGCUGUACGCGAGGAUGGGCAAGGUUCCCCCUCCCGGCAUCGUGUGCCCCGCCGCCAUGCUGUCCAGCCGCCAGAGACGCCUGUCCAAAAGCGGGGGCUACCCCCCCUCCCGCCGAAACAGCCUGCAGAGACUGGACAUCCUGCCCCCGGUAACCACAGGUAACCAAGCAGCUGACCUCGACCAGAGAUUGGAAAGCAUCAUGCGGAAAAACUCUGUCAGCGGCAGCAGCAGUGGCUCUCAGGAGAGGUCCAGCAAAGGGGUGACCUUUGCCCCCGACUACAGGAUGUGAGAAAACCCAAUGGUGGUGCGUCUCUGUGGACUACCUCAUCAGAGCGGUGACAAGCUCCGCCCCCCAUCGGCCUGACGGAAGCUACAUCAUCGGCAGCCUCUCUCCUCUGGCGGCUGAGCAGCAGCGUGCGGUUCCUGAUCCGUCCCAACGGUGCAUGGGAGAGGAGAGAGGGGAGAGGGGCGAGGGGAGAGGGGCGAGCCAGCCCCGCACAGCUUUCCACAAGAAGCCGCGCGGCCGGAAGUCUCGGGCAACCGAUGCCGGCGCCUUGAGGAAACCCGCCGUCGGUGACAGCGAAGACGUUUAAAAUACCGUUGGUAUUUUUGGAGCGCAAAGGCAGGUGCCGAGGUUGCGAUUGUCAUCCCUCUCUUACGCCGUCCUCGUAAACGACAGCGCCUCUUCCUCGCUCCUGAACUCACCGUGAGGAGAGAGCGCUUUCCUCUUCUUUCUAGAACGUUCACGCUGCUGCUCCAUUCCGAGCUCCUGUCCAAGUCCCUCGGGCUCGAGCUCAGUCGUGCGCUUGCCUCUCAUUUCGUAAUCAUUCACCGUUGACUGUCUGCCCGUUGGCUGCAGCUACAGUGCCCCCUGGGAGAGAGGCGGUGUACUGCAUUCCUCAGACGAGACUGCUGCUGUUACCAGCCGCACACUCCUGAACGCUUUCUACUGCAGCGGCAACACGGUACAUUCAGAUGUUUCUGCUACUGAAUCAAGAAUCGAGUUCUGUUCAACAGGGAAGUCAGUAACAAGUCUUACAGUAUGUUCCAAAAUUAUGGCACUGUUACCUGAAAUGGCACAUCAGCAAUACAGAUAUUUAAUAAAAGACAUGUUGUAUGUAAUGUGUACAUAUUCUCACCUAUGACAAGUGUUCUAGCUGGUAUUUAAAGCACCUUACAUCACUGGCCAAAUGUGGGACACUUGUAAACACAACAGUAAUUAAUUUGAAAUUAUUUUGAAAUAUCCAAAGCCUUUGUACCAUACAUCACUAACAACUGUACAUAUUUUUUUUAUGAUGUUAAAAACCAAAUAUCAAAGAUACACAAAUGUAGUGAGUGAUUUAGCAAACUGAGCAGCAUGUGUCUCAAAACAUUUGAGACAUUUGUCUCAAAGAUCUGCAACCGUAUGUUUGGAGGAGACAUUUUGAGGGUCAGUUUGAAAGUUUAAUAUGCAGUGAGGCAUUCUUUCAAACAAUAUCCUUUCCUUUUGUUGGGGCAACUACUAAUAAAAUAAAAAAACCCAAGAAUCGAAAUGAAAAACCUUAAGUGAAACCACAUUUGAAGUCGUUUGCAAAUCAUCUUGAUUAGGCCUAAUUAGCUGGAAAACACUUUAAUUUCACUCUGCACUUUAGCCAUGACUUCAGUGUUCAAUGAUCUCAAUCAGCAAGCCUGGAGACCGGUGCUGGUCAUGGCGGCCAUUUUGUGAAUCUGUCCAUUCACAGGUGACGGGAGAGAACCACGGCUUUUGAGUCCAUGCCACAGCACGUCCACUUAUUGCCUUCCCCUGUCCUUCAUACUCUCAGAGAAGCCAAACAAACACCAAUAGGCCUGAAGACAAACCAUUUUAAAAAGCGCUUCAGUUAAAACUGCCACUUGAAGUGUUACACAUAUUCACCAGUGUUGUAAUCGACGGGUCGGUGGAAUGAAAAUGUAAUGGAAAAAAAAAAAAAACUCAGCUUUGUGCUCGAAUAGUGUGCGUCACUUCAUUCCCUGCUCAAGAGUUUGACCAUCUACAGUACAUUGCAGUUACAGCCUACUAAAAUGAUUUUCCCUCCCCAGAUUUUUGGUCCUCAGAAACCUCUUUAAUGGAGACAAUUGUCUUCAUAAUGGCAGGUGUGCUCUCCUCCUACGCUGUUAUUUAAAGAUGGAAGUUGUCAUUUCCCUUCUAAAUUGAACGCCUUUCUGAGGUAUUGCACUUUGCCACAGAAGAACCUGUAGGUGACAGCCAGAUUUAAUUUGUCUGUAUAUGGUGACUGCUGAGUAGAGGGUACACACAAUCCCUUUGAGAAAUCGGUGAAUGUGCCUAUACAUUAAAAUGUAUUAAUAUGUCAACUGAAAACAUAUGUAAAGGAAGCUGUGAAUUGUAAACUGUUGCCUUACAGUAUGCACACACAUUAGGGAAAAAAUGUAGUAUAAAUUAAAUGUUUCUUUGAGAUUGUAUUCUUUUUACACACUGAAAAUACAGUAUAUAUUAUAUAUUUAGCCAUAGGUCUGUGACUUCAAUUUUGUGUUUGAUUGUUGUCAGCUGUGUUGCUAGGAAACACAAUGAUGUCAUACUGCCAUGCUGAUCCCGUGCCUUUCAAAUUUUUUUUUUUUACCCUUUAAAGUGUGAUUGUAUUUUCAUCUCCUGAAUCAUAUCUCUAAAUACAGAUGAAAUUUAAUAUGUAA